UUCCCCAUCUCACACUCAGUCACGAGCAGCUGGUGUUGUUUCCAAUCCCCAGCGCUGCCCACAUGGCUCGCGCGUACUGAGCGGUGAUGAAUGUGAUGACUAGUCUGGCACGAAUCUACACUCCCUCUCUUUCUCUGGAGUCUUGAUAUUUUAAAAAAAAACGCCAGGCAUUUUACCGUUAUUUUAACCUGCAGAAACCUCAAGCCAUUCUCCACACUGACUGAGUGACGUGUGGAAACAUACAGGGGAGAGAGGAGAAGGGUGACCGGUUCGCGGGCAGAAUGCGGACGCUGUCCGUGGUGCUGAAUCCUCUGCUGUUUCUACUGCUGUUCGGCUACUGCCCUUCUGUGACAGUCAGGCCGAAGGAUGGUUGGAAGGUGUACAGCUCUGCCCAGGAUGCAGAGGGGAGGUGUAUCUGUACAGUAGUGGCUCCUGAACAGAACCUCUGCUCCAGAGACGCCAAGGAGGGUCAGCUCCGUCAGCUACUGGAGAAGGUCCAGAACAUGUCCCAGUCCAUUGAGGUACUGAACCUGCGGACCCAGAGAGACUUCCAGUACAUCAUGAGGAUGGAGGGCCAGUUCAAAGGGCUAAGGUCAAAGUUCAGACAGGUAGAGGCCGACAGGAAGACGCAGGUCAACAGAAACUUUCAGGAGUUGAAGGGUAAGAUGGAGACCCUGCAGCCUCUGAUCCCGGUGUUGGAGCAGUACAAGACAGAUGCCCAGCUCAUCGUCCAGUUUAAACAGGAGAUCAGAAACCUGUCCAUGGUGCUCACAGCCAUCCAGGAGGAGAUAGGAGUCUACGACUCUGAGGAACUACAACAGAGGCUCCUGAGUCUGGAGAGCAGGCUACGUAACUGCAGGAGCAGACUCACCUGUGGUAAACUGAUGAAGAUCACUGGACCGGUGACGGUGAAGACCUCUGGGACACGGUUUGGAGCCUGGAUGACAGAUCCACAGGCCUCCCCUACAAACAAUAGGGUCUGGUACAUGGAUAGCUACACCAACAACAAGAUAGUCAAAGAGUACAAGUCCAUAGCCGACUUUGUGUCCGGGGCCGGGUCUCGAACCUACAACCUGCCGUUCAAGUGGGCCGGGACCAACCACGUGGUGUACAAUGGCUCUCUGUACUACAACAAGGUCCAGAGCAACAUCGUGGUGUGUUACCGCUUCGAGACGGGCCGCGUUGUGACCCAGAGAACCUUGGAGAACGCCGGCUUCCACAACGUCUACCCUUACACCUGGGGAGGCUUCUCCGACAUAGACCUCAUGGCCGACGAGCUGGGCCUGUGGGCCGUCUACGCCACCAAUCAGAACGCCGGAAACAUCGUCAUCAGCCAGCUCAACCCGGAGACACUACAAAUCCUCGGAACCUGGAACACGGAAUAUUCCAAACGGAACGCGGGGGAGUCCUUUAUGAUCUGCGGAACACUCUACAUCACUAACUCUCACCUGACUGGCGCUAAGGUUUACUACUCAUACUCCACCAAGACCUCCAGCUAUGAGUACACAGACAUCCCCUUCCAUAACCAGUACUUCCACAUGUCCAUGUUGGACUACAACGCCAGGGACCGGGCUCUGUACGGCUGGAACAACGGACACCAGGUUCUGUUCAACAUCACGUUGUUCCACAUCAUCAAGACAGAGGAUGAUUCCUGAGGAGGAAGAUCCUCAGAGGAACUCAGAGGAACCCACUGGAACACUGACUAACAUUCCUGGUGUUCCGGUGUUCCGUCAGUCAUUGUUGGAAUUCUAUUGUUGUGUCUCUACAUAUUAUUUUUUGCUCUCUUCUUUUGACAAUCCAUCUUCGGGUCUCUUGAUUUCUUUUCAAGUUCCUAAUGCAAGGCUUAACAUUGAUAGUGGCCUGGAUGGCCAGGGUAUCGAAGACUUUGGCCUGCAAACUCUGUAAAAACUGGAUAGAGUCUCAGCACACUUCCUGUCGAAUGCAAAUUUAUUGUAAUAGUAGUUUGGCCUCCAAAAAGCAUGACAAACUCAUAAUAUUCUCUUGUAGUUCUACAUAGCAAUGCUAUUUCAAAACAAUUAUCUGGCCCUCGUAACGGUGGAAAUUGAGAGACUUCUUUUUUGGGUUCUCUUAUUUAUUGAAUGCAACUCUCUUUGUUCCCAACCUUUCAUGUGGACUGUAUUCCUCUCCUCUCAGCUGCUCUACACUGGACCCUGUAAGUCUGAGACUAUGAGAGAUUUGGUGUAGAGUUAGUCAAUUUGAAGUCAAGCCAGUCAAUUUCAGGAAGUAAACUGAAAUUCCUAUUGAAUAUUUGAAAAAAAAACACAUCUACUUUCGAUAAUAUCUCAAUAAACUGAAAAGGUGUAAAAGUUUUGGAAUUGUACAUUUAAAACACUUCCUGAAUUGACUAACUUCAAUUCCAAUUGACCCCAACCCUGAUUGGGUGGGUCUGGGUAACAUGCCUCUGAUUGGGUGGGCUUGGGUAUCAUGCCUCUGUAGCUUUUGUAUCCGUAGCAACAGUAUCAAUAGGAGUAUGCUUUCAUUCAGUCUGUUCUGUGAGCCCAUAGGAUAACAGGUGUCCUGAAUGUCCUCAUAGCAUCUAGAACUCUCUAUGGCUUUCAUCCCAAAUGUUACCCUAGAACUCUGGACAAAAGUAGUGUACUAUAUAGGGAAUAGGGUGCCAUUUGAGACUAUGCUAUUUAGGGAAUAGGUUGCUAUUUGAGACUGUACUAUAUAGGGAAUUUGGUGCGAUGGUUAUCCUGAUAGCAUCUAUAACUCUGUCUGUGGACUCUGUCAGCAACCAUCUCAGUCUCUCCCAUUGUGACACGCAUCAUUAUUACUGUUGUAUUAUACGGUACAGCAGGGUGUCAAACUCAUUCCACGAAGGGCCUAGUGUCUGUGUCCUUUCAAUUAAGACCUAGACAACCAGGUGACGUAAGAACGGACUCUGAAGAUGAGAAGCAGGUACAGGGAGUUGAACAUUUAAUGAACGGACAAGUGACAGAACAGGAACAGAGUCAGAACAGGGAGAACGUAACGACAUGGCGACAAUAAUGCUGAAGCAGGGAACAAAACGACAUGGCGACAAUAAUGCUGAAGCAGGGAACAAAACGACAUGGCGACAAUAAUGCUGAAGCAGGGAACAUAACGACAUGGCGACAAUAAUGGGAACAACCUCGGGAACAGACAGAUAUAAGGGAGGUAAUUAAAGCAGGUGAUUGAGUCCAGGUGAGUCCAAUGAAGCGCUGAUUCGCGUAACGAGGGAAACAGGUGUGCAUAAUGAUGGUGGCAGGAGUACGUAGUGCUGGGCAGCCUGGCGCCCUUGAGCGCCAGGGGGGAGAGGGGGCACAAGCGUGACAGUACCCCCCUAGGGGCGCCACCCGGCGUCCCACCUGGGCGAGCCUGUAAGGAUUAUGGGAUUAUCCCCUUUUUUUCCCUAUUACCUAAAAUAACAUACCCAAAUCUAACUGCCUGUAGCUCAGGCCGUGAAGCAAGGAUAUGCAUAUUCUUGGCACCAUUUGAAAGGAAACACUUUGAGGAUUAUGGAAAUGUGAAAGGAAUGUAGUAGAAUAUAACAAUAUAAAAGAUAAUACAAAGAAAAAACCAACCGUUCUUUUCUAUUUAUUUUGUACCAUCAUCUUUGAUAUGCAAGAGAAAGUAAUGUAUUUAAUAAUAAUAAUGUAUUAUUCCAGCCCAGGUGCAAUUUCAAUUUUGACCACUAAAUGGUAUCAGUGUAUGUGCAAAGUUUUAGACUGAUCCAAUGAACAAUUGCAUUUCUGUUCCAAUUUUUUUAUCAAGCCUGUCCAAAUGUGCCUAAAUUGUUUAUUAAUAACUUUUCAUGUUCAAAAUUGUGCACUCUCCUCGAACAAUAAAAUGGUAUUCUUUCACUGUAAUAGCUACUGUAAAUUGGACAGUGUAAUUAGAUUACCAAGAAAUUAAGCUUUCUGACAAUAUCAGAUAUGGCUAUGUACUGGGAAAUGUUCUUGUUACUUACAACCUCCUGCUAAUCGCAUAAGCCUACGUUAUCUCAACCGUCCCGUGGAAGGGACACCGAUCCCAAAGAAGUUUUAAUUAUUGUGUGCGUGUGUUAUUUAUUCAAGCUACUCCUCGCUCUAUUGUUUGGGAUUUCAAACCCUGUGUUUUUGUUACGUGUUUGUUUGGUCUUCGUCCCCGUGCCUUUGCACGGCACGCCGUAAUUUGGGGUAUAAUUAUUAUUAU